AUGGCGAAGCAACAGAGCCACCUCAAGCUUCGUCGCACCUAUGACUUCCUGACUCAUCUGCGCGCUGAGUUUGAGCCCCUUUGUGCUCAAUUACUUGCUCGUGAGCCGUGCGUGUCUUUGAUGGAGGCUCUUGCUGCUGUUCGUAAUGAGGAGACUCGCCUUCAUUCUGCUGGUCUACUUCAGUCGACGUCCUCCUCAGUCCUGGCUGCUCGGUCUAGAAUUCUUGGUUCUCCUCCCAAAGUGCCUGCUUCAGCAGCCUUUGGUGGCUCGGGGACUCGCAACUCAGGUGGCCUUCAUUGUAAGCACUAUGGCAGAGAUGGACAUGAUGAGGAUCAUUGUUACAAGAAGAAGAGGCAGGCUCAGUCUCAGUCUCGCCGAGGUGGGCGUUCCUCACAUGCCCAGUCUCAGCAUCCUGAUGCACAGCAGGAGAUACUCAUGUUACUUCAUCAUCUUGAUGUUCCUCCAUCUAUUCCUCCACCUACUGGAGCCUCUGGUUCUGUCACUACUGGAGCUGCUGGUUCUGUCACUCCUGCCCCAGUACUCUCUGCUGCUACUUCUCAGUCUUUUAUUGAGAGACCACCAUCCACUUCAGCUCGUGAUCCUGUGAAGCAUGAGCUCACCAAGCAUAUUGGAGUUGAUGCAUAUUACACUCGGGCUCAGGUGCAGGAUGAUGUCAUUGCUCUUCGCUAUGUGCCCUCCGAGCUCCAGGUGGCUGAUUUCUUCACCAAGUCGCAGACGCGAGUUCAACAUCGUUUCUUUCUCUCCAAACUCAGUGUUUGUGAUUCACCCUGA